AUGAUCCGUGACGAGACUACCAUAACGCAGAACAGAUUCCGUCAAUGGCAUAUGCGCACCCGCGGCUCAGAUUCAAGAUUAGCAAGGAAUGCAUCACUAUUCUCUACUCUCGUUGCCGGGGUUUCAACAUCGAUGUUCGGUGAUUGCGUAACUCCGGCUUAUCGAUUAUCACCGUCAGCCGAAGAUGCGGUAUUAUGCCACUUCUAUCAAACUAUAAUCGAAACUCUGUCAGACGAAGAUCCUGCACACUACCUUCAUACACAGCUGCCAAAUCUCUACGUCAGGAGUGACCCUGGUUCCGCCUUGCGCUUGGCGACAGAGGCGAUAUCAUAUGCUUCCUCUCCGAGGAAACGAUACGUCCAAGCCAUCAAAGCAAUUGAACAGGCUAUUCAAGAUCCAGUAGAAGUGGGAAACGAUCAGACAUUGUAUGCCGUUCUUCUGCUUUGUGGUUAUGAGACUAUCCUCCAGGAUCUAAAUACACCACCAGCGUGGGGAGCCCAUGUUGACGGAGCUGCAGCUCUUGUCAAGUUUCGUAGCAGCAACGAAGUGCACUCGUCCCUAUCACGCAGCAUGUUUUGCUUCGUUCGGAAAAGCGUCGUUCUAGGCCAUAUGCAAAUAUGUCGGCCUAUUGACAAAAUCUUCACCGUGCCAGAUGAGACGACAUCUUUGUAUGAGAGACCAGAAGAUCAUCUCAUUGCAACAGCGGCCAAAAUACCCAACCUCCAAUACCGGAGCAAUUAUCUGCUUACAGAACCGCAAGAUGCUAGCAAAAGCGACAUUGAGAAUUUGUUUUACAGUGCUAGGGUCCUAGAUCGCGAGCUAUCAGAUUGGGCAAGCAAUAUCUCCACCACCUGGUCCUAUUCCGCUGCCAUGAACAUCAGGGGUCCAGCAAGCUCAAAAUUCACUUCACGUCAGAUUCAUAGAUACCCAAACUUCUACACCGCUCGGGUUUGGAAUUUUUAUCGUGUAUCACGGCUCAUUGUCCAGUCAGUACUCCUCCGUGCAAUCUCUUGGCUGCCUAUCUCAAUGGAAACUCGCCCGAACGAGUUUAACAAGAGCAAAAUUGAGGAAAGCAGUAUAGAGUUGGUCAACGACAUUUGCGCAAGUGUUCCUUUUCUUCUAGGGCACAACUUAUCGAAUAUGAAACUUCCUGCCACGAGUGGAGGGAGGAAACAGGAGAGGACGAGUUGCCCCGAAGUCGAACAAAACGGCGAGAUACGCACUGGGAGAUUUUCACUUAUCUGGCCCCUCUAUGUUGCGUGCAGCGCUCCAUCAGUACCAGAAGCUCAACGAGAGUGGAUGCACAUGCAACUGCUGUUGCUGGCUGAGCAUGAUGAAUCGCAAGCACACUUUAUGUGUUUCACAAAAAGCCAGACACUUUUGGGCGGGGCCGAGAACUUUCGAUUUGCUUGUAUAUAA